CGUGCACUCCUCAGCAACACUUGGAUCACAUGACAUGACAAAGCAGCAGCAGCAGCUACUUCCUGUGUGCACUGCUAGCCAAUUUCCCAUCCCAGACGGACACUGCGACUAAUACCGUGAAAAACAAAGAUGCUGGCUCUCAUAAACAGACUCCUGGACUGGUUCCGGUCCCUCUUCUGGAAAGAGGAGAUGGAGCUCACCUUGGUGGGACUUCAGUACUCUGGGAAAACUACCUUCGUCAAUGUGAUUGCGUCAGGGCAGUUCAGUGAAGACAUGAUUCCCACAGUCGGUUUCAACAUGCGGAAGGUCACUAAAGGCAAUGUGACGAUAAAGAUUUGGGACAUAGGGGGACAGCCUCGCUUCAGAAGCAUGUGGGAGCGCUACUGCAGAGGAGUCAAUGCUAUUGUUUACAUGGUGGACGCAGCCGACCAAGAGAAGAUAGAAGCUUCCAGAAAUGAGCUGCACAACCUUUUAGACAAACCACAGCUACAAGGAAUUCCUAUUCUAGUACUGGGCAACAAACGAGACCUGCCACGCGCACUUGAUGAGAAGCAGCUCAUUGAAAAAAUGAACCUAUCUGCCAUCCAGGACCGGGAGAUCUGCUGCUACUCCGUCUCCUGCAAAGAGAAAGACAAUAUAGAUAUCACGCUGCAGUGGCUCAUCCAGCAUUCAAAGUCUCGGAGAAGCUGAAGAUGAAGCCCCCCCUCCUCGCCCCAUUGUAGCUCUGGCCUCAGCCCCUAAUGCUCAUGGGACCUCGACAGCCAUCCUUUCCACUGCCUCUGUGAAGUUAUCCAGCUCUCUGCUCACUACCCCCAGCACCACGCAGUACACUACCAUAGAUGUGUAACCCCCCCUGUACAGCACUACCACCACCACCCCGACUAUCAGGAGAUUUAUAAAGCUGUUUCAGUACUGAGCUAGAAGGUGGAUUAUCCAAACCCGUCAUGCCUUAUACGGACCUGCUGUGUGUCUGGCUUUUUAAUAUAGCUUCUGCAAGACUCUCACGAUGUCACAGUGUGAUGUUCCCCUUCGAUGGACCUCCUUUUAAUCCCCGGCUAAACAUUUGGUGUUUACAUGACAUGGAUUUGAUUGUAGUUUUUAACAGUUAUUUGCCAAAUGAUGAUGCUAGCUUAUGCUAAUACCUACCUUUUUUAAUUCCUAAUGAAAUCUUCCCACUGCAGCCUGCAUUUUAUUUGCCGGUAUCCAUUUUAUUAAGUGACUUAAGUCAAUGUUUACACAUCACUUAAAGAUGAACAGAAGUGUUGUUUUUGUCUGAGGCAAACAAUCCUAAGAUAGGUCAUCAGAGUUUUAUAAGUGCCUUCGGCUGAGCGAGUGAUCCAAUCGGAUGGUAAUUGCCCAAUGCGACUUCUAACCCACUAUUAUGAAUAAACACUCGGUUCAGACACAGCAUAAAUCCCUUGAUUACGCCUCAAGCCACACUGCGAUGAUCACGUUAUUUUUGCGAUCUCAUGAAGGCGUUAUGUCUUGAAAAAAAGGCAGUACUGUACUCUCAAUAAGAGAUGAGGUAAUUGAGAAGAUGUUACAUUUGCUUUGGUUGAUGCGUGAUUGAAUGUUUUUUUUUAUGAGGCUUGAAAAGGUUUUUCUUGCUGUUCUCAGGUUUGUUGAAUGAUUUUUAGUUUUACUCUUAUUGUCUGAACGCAGUCGGGGUGUGCCCAGUAUCUGUUUUCAUAAUCCCUGUUUUGUUCGGGUUGGAUAACAGGAAGCCAGUGUUAGUCAGAGUUUACGCAGAACAGAAGACGGUGGACGCUUGAUGUCAUUUAGCCUUGCCGCACCCUCCUCUGAAUCCUGAUGUCUUUAUAUUAGAAGCCUUAGCAGCAAAAGGACAACGUUGUCUCAAAAAGCGAUGGCAAGUUGUUUCCUUUUAGCGAAAGACAAUGAUUUAAGAAAUACUUACCUGCCCUUGCUUGGCCAGUUUAUAUCUAUCAAUCUGUGUGUUGCUGGAGUUAUCCCUUCUGCUAUGAUGCUGUACGCAAGCCCAGACCUCUCCUUCAUCUCACUGACAAUUGUCCGACACACCCAUCACACACUAUAUCUCACAUGUUGUUCUGUCUGGUGAUCGUCAUAAUCCUAAACUGUUAUUGUUGGGACCACAGCAGCAGUGAGGGGCUGUACAUUAAGGGAGAUGGUGUGGGGCAUUUGGGGAAAAGCUUUGUUACCUGUCUUAUUAUUAUAAUUAUAAUAAUAUAAUUUGCAAUUUGCAUGUGCAGAACUUAAUUCACAUUCAAUUGCAGACUUUGUAAAUAAGAUUUAGCAUUUUUAUUCCAACAGAUGCUCCUGUAGAUGUCAUGCAUUCUUUCGCUGUGAUGAUUGCUAAUAAACUUGUUUUUAUUUUUAAGGA